UUUAUUUUAAGCCUUUUUGGUAUAGAACAUGAAAUCUUCAUGAAGAAUUUUUGUUUCAUCACUAAGAAAUAAAUGUGUCUAGCUCCUUGAGAUCUCCCUGGCUUCAACAACUUGUAGUCAUUUCCAUUAUAGACCAUUAAGAAAUAUUUAUUUCAAAGACAGGCUAGCAAAAUUUAAGUAAAAGUUAUUUUUUAUAUAUUGGAGCUUCUAACUGGCAUUGGGCUUAUGAAAAUUUUGGUGAAAAAAUGCUGCUUUCGUGCAGGCAUGGAGCCUCUUCUCCUAAGCUAGAUAACUUGGUACCAAGUGGAAAAAUGAAGAUUCUCCUGGUCUUUCUAGGUCUGCUUUGCUAUUCUGCUGCUAUGCCAAUGCAAAUGCCCCGAAUGCCUGGAUUUAGCAGCAAAAGUGAGGAGAUGAUGCGCUAUGGUCACUUCAACUUUAUGAACGCCCCACAUAUGGCACACCUGGGCACCUUGUAUGGAAAUGGUAUGCAGCUCCCUCAGUUCUUCCCACAGUAUCAGAUGCCUAUGUGGCCUCAGCCACCACCCAACAAGAAGCACCCACAGAAACCUUCAGCAUCCAAACAGCAGAGCAAAACUGAUCCAGCCCCAGAGAGCCAGAAACCCAACCAGCCUCAACCAAAAACCCCCACGCCAAAGCAGCCUUUAAACGAGCCGUCACCUACUCCAACUCAGCCUGAAGAGGAAACCCAGACACCUCAGGCAUUUCCACCGUUCGGCAAUGGGCUAUUUCCCUAUCAACAGCCACUGUGGCAUGUUCCACAUAGGAUACCACCAGGCUAUGGACGUCCACCAACCAGCAAUGAAGAAGGCGGGAAUCCUUACUUUGGAUUUUUUGGAUAUCAUGGAUUUGGGGGCCGUCCUCCUUAUUACUCAGAGGAGAUGUUUGAACAAGAUUUUGAAAAACCAAAAGAAAAAGAUCCUCCCAAAACAGAGACUCCAGCCACUGAACCUUCAGUUAAUACAACAGUUCCUGAGACAAAUUCUACCCAGCCAAACGCACCCAAUCCCCGGGGAAAUGACACCAGCCCAACAGGAACCAGUGGCCAGGGGCCUAACCCUAGAAGCAACCCUACAGGUCAAAACGGCCCUGCAGUUAAUGUUUCAGGCCAGGGAGUUCCAAGAAGUCAAAGCCCAUGGGGACCAAGGCAGACAAUUAUUCAUGAAAAUUAUCCAAAUCCUAACAUCCGAGGUUUUCCUGCAAGAAGACAAUGGCGUCCUCCUGGUCCUGCUAUGGGGCACAGGCGUAAUGGGCCUUUUUACCGAAAUCAACAAAUUCAAAGGGGUCCUCGGUGGAACUCUUUUACUUUGGAAGGCAAACAAGCAGUUCGUCCAGGAUAUCCAACAUAUCGCAGAGUUUAUGGUUCUACUGCAAGAAGUAAUCCCCCCAAUUAUGCAGGAAAUUCAGCGAAUCUCAGAAGAAAGCCUGAGGGGCCAAAUAAGAACCCUAUGGUAACCAAUGUUGCUCCUCCAGGUCCCAAACAUGGUACUGUUGACCAAAAUGAAAACAUCCAAAAUCCAAGAGAGAAGCAAGUAAGUCAAAAAGAAAGAACAGUCAUUCCCACAAGGGAUCCAAGUGGCCCCUGGAGAAACUCUCAAGACUAUGGGAUUAAUAAAUCAAACUAUAAACUGCCUCAGCCGGAGGAUAACAUGCUAGUCCCAAAUUUUAAUUCUAUUGAUCAACGUGAAAACUCUUAUUACCCAAGAGGGGAGUCCAAAAGAGCCCCAAAUUCUGAUGGACAAACCCAAACCCAGAUUAUUCCCAAAGGGAUUGUUUUAGAGCCAAGAAGAAUCCCAUAUGAAUCAGAAACUAAUCAGCCAGAAUUAAAGCACAGUGCCUAUCAGCCUGUGUACACUGAGGGAAUCCCUUCCCCUGCAAAGGAACAUUUUCCUGCUGGAAGAAAUACUUGGAAUCAACAAGAAAUCUCUCCACCUUUUAAAGAAGAUCCUGGGAGGCAGGAAGAACACUUACCUCAUCUUUCUCAUGGCUCUAGAGUACAUGUUUACUACCCUGACUAUAAUCCCUAUGAUCCUAGGGAAAAUUCACCAUACCUUAGAAGCAAUACAUGGUAUGAAAGAGAUGAUUCUCCCAAUACCAUGGGGCAACCUGAAAAUCCACACUACCCCAUGAAUACUCCAGACCCAAAAGAGACAAUCCCGUAUAAUGAAGAAGACCCAAUUGAUCCAACUGGAGAUGAACAUUUCCCAGGACAAAGUAGAUGGGAUAUGGAGGAGUUGAGCUUUAAAGAAGACCCAACAGUCAGGCACUACGAAGGUGAACAAUAUACCUCAAAUCAGCCAAAAGAAUACCUUCCCUAUUCCUUAGAUAAUCCAUCAAAACCCAGAGAGGAUUUUCUUUAUGGUGAAUUUUACCCCUGGAACCCAGAGGAGAACUUCCCAUCAUAUAAUACAGCUCCCACUGUAUCAUCACCUGUGGAGAGCAGGGGCUAUUAUGCCAACAAUGCUGUUGGACAAGAAGAAAGCACUAUGUUUCCUUCUUGGAGCUCCUGGGAUCCCAGGAUUCAAGCCCAAGGGCAGAAAGAAGGGAGACCAUAUUUAAACAGAAAUUUCUGGGAUCAGUCAACAAAUUUAUACAAGACCCCUACUAGUUCACCACACCAGAAAGAGAACCAGCCUUAUUCCAAUAACUCCCCAGCUGGUCUUCAGAAAAAUCCAACAUGGCAUGAAGGUGAGAAUUUGAAUUAUGGUAUGCAAAUCACUAGGUUAAAUUCACCAGAGAGAGAUCAUUUGGCUUUCCCAGAUUUAAUUCCUCCAGAUUACCCAGGAGGUCAAAAAGAAUCACAUGUCUUUCACCUAAGCCAGAGGGGCCCUUGCUGUGCUGGUGGCUCCAUGUGGCCCAAGAACAAUCCACUUGCUCUACAAGACUAUACUCAAUCCUUUGGUCUUGCACCAGGGGAGAACCCAGACACCAGCACUGGGUAUGCAGAAGAUAGUCAUAUUAAGUAUGCAAGACAGACUGUCUCCCCGACAAGCAUUGUACCUGGCCAAAGAAACAGCUCAGAAAAAAUACUGCCUGGAGAAAGUCAAAACCCAAGUCCUUUCAAGGAUGAUGUGUCCACUCUGAGGAGAAGCACACCAUGCUCUGUAAAGAGUCAGUUGAGUCAAAGGGGAAUUAUGCCCUUGCCUGAAGCCAAUUCCCUUCAAUCAAAGAAUACACCUUGCCUCACAAGUGAUCUUGGGGGAGAUGGAAACAAUGUUUUGGAACAAAUAUUUGAAGGCAACCAGCUCAAUGAAAGAACUGUUGACCUUACUCCUGAGCAGCUUGUUUUUGGUACACCUGACGAAGAGCCCAGGCCAGAAGGAAUCCCAAAUGAAAUGCAAGGCAAUGAGAGUGAAAGGCAGCAACAAAGACAAUCUAGCAUCCUACAGUUACCAUGUUUUGGCUCCAAAUUAGCAAAUUAUCACACCUCUAGCAUUGGAACCCCAUCUAGCCUUGGAAGGCAAGACUCAUUUGAUGGGGAUCCAAUUAUGCCUACUGAAACUCCUAACUCUUUGGCAGGGCUAGCUACUGGGGCACAGUUUCAGAAUAUAAAUGUAGACCCACUUAAUGAAGAUGAACACACUCCAUUUGAUUCUCUUCAAAUAGGGACCAAUCCACAGGACCAGGUGCAAGAUUGCUUAUUACUUCAGGCCUAGGGAUUAUCUCAACCAAACAUUCUUUGGGGAAGGAAAAAUAUCUGCUAUUCUACAGUGGUUUCCAGAUAUUUUCCUGUGUAAAACUCAAUUAAGUAUCUCACGCUCUUGGUGAUGCUUAAGUUUUUUGCCAUUCCGGCAAUAGUAGGUUGGGCCUCUGGGGUUUGCUAGAUCCUGUACUGUUACUAAUUAACACAGACCUAAAAUGAAUGAAUAAAUAAAUAUUUUUAAAAAGCA